AUGUGUGCCUUAAAGGGGACAUCAGUGGACAUUUCCUGCACUUACACAUAUCCCAACAACCCCCAGAUCAGUAAAGCAUUCUGGUCUAAUAAAUGGGGUACUAGAGGAGAGCCUGAAGAUCUGAGCCAGGACCCAAAGUAUGUGGGUCGUGUGGAGUACCGUAUUCCUGGAAAUAAGGAGAAUGACUGUACCCUGAGAUUCACAGGUCUGAGAAUGAGUGACUCAGCUGAGUACAGAUUCAGGCUCAGAACCAUUUUAGGAGGGAAGUUUGCUGGAACUCCUGUAUUGCUGACUGUCACAGAUGUCCUAUUGGAGUUGGAUCCCACAUCUGUGUCAGAGGGGGAGAGUGCCAUACUGAGAUGUAGAACCAAAUGUACACUGGGUCCAAACACAGCCUUUAUUUGGUAUAAGAAUGGACAGCCUAUACCAAACAACUAUCCCUACUCCAACAGACUGUACCAAAACCCAGUCAGCAAUGAUGAUGCAGGCUCCUGUGCUGUAGAUGGCCAUGAUGAUCUCCACUCUCCGGAAGUGACUCUCAGAGUCAGAUACAAACCAAAGAGCACCUCAGCUUCGGUCAGUCCCUCUGGUAAGAUAGUGGAGGGCAGUUCAGUGACUCUGACAUGCAACAGUGAUGCCAACCCACCAGUGCAGAAUUACACCUGGCUGAAGAGAAACGUAACUUCACCAAAAGCUUCAGGGCAGAGUUAUACUAUCACUAAAAUCAGCUCUGAAGACAAUGGAGAAUACUACUGUGAGGCACGGAACAUUUUAGGGGGAGAGAAUUCCAGUCUCAUUCCUAUUUAUAUUCCUGUUGCUUUUCUUUGGGCUCCUGUAGUGGGGGUAGGGGUGGGAGCUGUUUUGGCUGCUGGAGAACUUGUCUUCACCUACUGCAUGCUGAAGAGAAGAUUCAGAGGAAGUGAUCAUUCCAUAACGGACACACACAGUGUCCAUGUCCAUCCUGACCCUAACAGUGACACGUACACAGCUCUGAUCAACAUCAAGUCCCCUGAAAAUGACAAACAGGAAGGUGUAACACACACAGACCUCCAGAGAGAGGAUCAAAUCCCAGUAUAUGAAAACAUCCCAUUGUAUGAGACCAUCCUGAGAGUAGAACCACCACAGAGCCUGGACUGA